CUGUGUGUCUGAAGCCGUUGCUGGGCUCUUACCGCCGGGCUUUAGCUUUAAUAUUAUAACCUCACCAUAGUUCAUCUAUGCGCUACAGGGAGCAACCCUGCAACGGAUUAAAGCGACAUCAUGGUCUGACUUGAGCGUCAACGUGAACGGAAGAUACCGUCUGUUGGAAGUUUUAAUCCAAGUAGGGUCCAGAGACGAGGCGGCCGUCAUGUGCAACUGAAGACGUCUUGAUGAUCACAUGGGCUACUGACCUGUGCUGACCCGAUGGUUUAAUCAGCAGGACUAAAAAUGAGCAUCAGCAGCGAUGAGGUCAACUUCCUGGUUUACAGAUACCUACAAGAGUCAGGGUUCUCCCACUCAGCAUUCACCUUUGGCAUAGAGAGCCACAUCAGCCAGUCGAACAUCAAUGGAGCCCUGGUGCCCCCUGCUGCCCUCAUCUCCAUCAUCCAGAAGGGCCUGCAGUAUGUGGAGGCCGAAGUCAGCAUCAACGAGGACGGGACCCUGUUUGACGGACGGCCCAUCGAGUCACUGUCUCUGAUCGACGCGGUCAUGCCGGAUGUGGUCCAGACCCGGCAGCAGGCCUACAGAGACAAACUGGCUCAGCAGGCGGCGGCAGGCAGCAGCAGCAGCAGCACGGGGCCACAGGGAGGUUCCAAGAAUGGGGACGGGGGCCCCACUAACGGAGAGGAAAACGGAUCACAUGUCUUAGCCAAUAACCACUCAGAGAUGAUGGAGGUGGACCGGGACGUGGAGAUCCCCCAGAGCAAAGCCAUGGUCCUGCGAGGCCACGAGUCGGAGGUUUUCAUCUGUGCCUGGAACCCGGUGAAUGACCUCCUCGCCUCUGGGUCAGGAGACUCGACGGCGCGGAUCUGGAACCUGAGUGAGAACAGCACGGGGGGGUCCACCCAGCUGGUUCUGAGGCACUGUAUACGGGAGGGCGGCCAGGACGUCCCCAGCAACAAGGACGUCACCUCGCUGGACUGGAAUAGUGAGGGCACAUUACUGGCCACCGGCUCAUACGACGGCUUCGCCCGGAUAUGGACGAAAGACGGAAACCUGGCCAGUACUUUGGGUCAGCACAAAGGGCCCAUAUUUGCACUCAAGUGGAACAAAAAAGGCAACUUCAUCCUCAGCGCCGGAGUAGAUAAGACAACAAUUAUCUGGGACGCACACACAGGGGAAGCAAAGCAGCAGUUUCCUUUCCACUCAGCACCAGCUCUGGACGUGGACUGGCAGAACAACAACACGUUCGCCUCCUGCAGCACAGACAUGUGCAUCCACGUGUGCAAGCUGGGUCAGGACAGACCCGUCAAGACUUUCCAGGGACACUCGAAUGAAGUGAAUGCCAUAAAGUGGGAUCCCACGGGCAGCUUGCUGGCCUCCUGCUCAGACGACAUGACGCUCAAGAUCUGGAGCAUGAAGCAGGAUUCGUGUGUCCAUGACCUCCAGGCCCAUAGUAAAGAAAUCUACACCAUCAAAUGGAGCCCCACGGGCCCUGGGACCAACAAUCCCAGUGCAAACCUCAUGCUGGCCAGCGCGUCGUUCGACUCGACUGUGCGCCUGUGGGACGUGGAGCGUGGGGUGUGUAUCCACACACUGAUCCGCCACCAGGAGCCCGUCUACAGCGUAGCCUUCAGUCCUGACGGCAAGCACCUGGCCAGCGGCUCCUUCGACAAGUGUGUCCACAUCUGGAAUACUCAGACGGGUGCUUUAGUCCACAGCUACCGGGGGACCGGUGGGAUCUUUGAGGUGUGCUGGAACGCCACAGGGGACAGAGUAGGAGCGAGCGCGUCAGACGGAUCGGUUUGUGUGCUAGAGCUGAGGAAAUGACAGUUGUCUGUGGUGUAGCUGUGGACCGACUACGAAUGUGUACAUAGCCAAAACGACUGUCCCUGCCUGUCCGCCACACUGCUGUCUGUCCCACCAGGUUCCGCUUCUUCGUGGACGUCCCACAGUUCGUCACGCCUGCGCCGUGCAGACGUAGGAAGAGCCUCCCCAACGUCACUUGGACCCCCAAUGGGUCAAACAAAACCCCGGCAUCCUUUCUGUCUUCUCAUGUCCAUAUCUGCUAAAUCAGAAGUGUACAGAUUUUUGAUCUCUGUCGCCGCGUACCGUCAGAAUCUGGCGGCCCGCACAGAGCUAAAUUUGGGCCUCACUGGGUUUAUCUUGUGACAUGUAAGAACGAGGCAAGGGGAAGUUUUGAGAAGCUCGUCUCUUUUCAUUCACAGAUCUAUUCGUUUCCUGUUGGUGACAUAUGCCAACUCGUUCUUUUACUCCAAGACAUGUUUUUAAGUUGUCGCCGGUUUUAAGAGUGAGCAGAGCCUUGCAAAAGUAUUCACAUCUCUUCAAUUUUCAAGUCGGAACCAUAAACUUUCCUUCUAUUUUGUUGGGACUUUCAGUGAUAGUCCGACACAAAUAAGCAGAUAGUGAAAAAUUUGGAAAACAACUGGACUAGUUAUCACUGCAAACUAGCGUUAGCUUAGCCAAGUUGAAUAAAUAAUACCAAUGAUUACGUUUUUUCUCAGAUUCUUAAAUGGAUUUAGGUCUGGGAUUUGACUGGACCACUCUGGUAGUUGAACUCCACCCCGGUUUCAAGUCUUUUUCACCAGGGUGUUUAGCUCCAUCCGUCUUCUGACCACUUUCUCUGUUUCUACAGAAAAAAAUUAAUAAAUGCAUCGCCACACCAUGAUGCUGCCACUACCAUUUUUAACUAUGGGGAUAGGAAAGUGAGCCUGAUCUGUUUCACAUAAGUCAAAACCUAAAAUCAGUUGGUUGUUAUCCUGUCAAUAAUAAUCUGGUUAUCUUAAAGGCAGUUUUUAUAAGAGUAAAUGAGGCUGAAUACAAAUACACGCUGCAAAUUGUUCUCCCAUUUUUCUUCCACUGCGCAAUUAAGCUACACUUUAUGUUGGCCCAUCACAUAAAACCCAAUCACACACAUGGUUUUACCAUGACAGAAUGUUGAAAAGCUUCAAGAGUUAUGACUGCUUUUGCAAGUGACAGUAUUUGAUAACCAUCAUAGCUGAUUUCAUUUAAGGGGGGGAACCGAUUGUUGUUUUCUGGCCGAUCACCGAUAUUUAAAAAGCUUGACCUGGCGAUUUCAAUUUUGGCAGAUAUUGAUAAAUAAUUUUUUUUUUGGUCCAAACAAAAAAAAAAAAAAAAAAAG